AUGGCCAAUUUUUUUGCGAAAUCUUCAAUUUUCUUAGCAUUGUUAAUUUUCACCUUGCUUGUCCACCUCGCACAUUUAUCUGAGUCUUAUAUCGAAAGUGAUCGCAAAAAGAUACUAAUUGCUAAAGGCUGGUGUAAGUAUGAUCGUGAAACAACUGUUUCCAUUGUGAAUCACUUGGCAACAAAUGAGUCACUAACCAUACAUUGCCAAUCAAAGAACGAUGAUCUUGGUAUUCAUAUCCUAAGUUAUGGACAAGUAUAUAGUUUUAAGUUUAGGCCUAAUAUUUGGGGAACUACUCUUUAUUUUUGUGGAUUUACAUGGAGUGGUGGCUCCAAAGUUUGUGAUGUUUACAAGUAUAGAAGAGAUAGGUUGAGGUGUUGUGGAGAUGUUCGUUGGGAAGUUCAACGCAAGGGCAUAUCUAGUCCUAGUACCUUUGGUAAAGGUCACGAGGUUUUUUAUCCUUGGGAUUGA